AGAAAAGUCAAAGAAGUUAGCUAUACAGGAACGAUUUGUGGUUAUUACUCAUUGACCAUAAACGUAGUGAAUUAGGUUGAGUUCUCUGCAAUUUCCGAGUAGCUGUCACCUCGACUCUCCGCCUCUGCUGGUCACCUUUGAUCAUAGCUCACGGUGAUUGAAUUUGAUGGAUUCCAAUAAUUGGAGACCUAAUCAAGGUAAUAACCCCACUAUGGAUACAAACGACUGGAGAGCUCAACUACCACCGGGUUCACGCCAAAAAAUUGUCAACAAAAUAAUGGACACAUUAAAAAAAGACAAUCCUUUUUCUGGUCCUGACGGAUUGCAAGAACUUCGGCAGAUUGCUAUAAGGUUUGAAGAAGAGAUUUUUACUACUGCAAGAAGCCAGCCUGAUUAUCUACGGAAAAUAUCUAUGAAGAUGCUUACAUGGGAGACUAAGUCCCAAAACACCCUGGCUAAUAGUCAAGUUGGCCCUAGCAAUAGACCUACCGAUCAAGAUGAUGUUGCAGAUGGUGCUGAAGCAUGAUAGAUUCGAGAGAUGACGGGGGACAAGAGAUUUUAUUUACAGUUAUUUCUUUUGAACUUUGAGACAAUGUAAUUGAAGUUAUUUUAAUUCCUUCGCUAUUUUCAUUGGACAAGUGGUUUGGAACUAUUAUGUUUUAUGCACGUUUAAAUAUUGAGUGUUUCCGCAUUAUGUUAAA